UGUUGGAAACCACAGAGAAUAGCACCCCCCCCCCUUCUCUUUCUCUUGCGUCCUCCUCUCUCUGAGAAUUACAGCGAGGCAUUGCGCAGGAUUUAACUCCCCUCCUUCAUCUACCUCUUCUUUAUUUUAUUUUUUUUCUUCCUCCAAUCCAUCUUUUCUUCAGUGGCAGCCAUUGCUCUUGGCAGCGGAAGGAUAUUUUCAUUUCCAUAUUGGAACGUUACGAGAGCUGCGAUUCGCUCAUUUCUCCCACAGCCGUGUGUGUGUGCGUGCAUGUGUAUGUGAGUGUGUUUGAGCUUGGGGGGACACUGAGAAGGACGGCAUCUAAAGACGUGUCUUCACUGCCUGGCCCCGUAUCGCUGCCCGUGGAGGCUGGCAUCAGGGCCGGCUGAUGCCCCAGCUGAUCUGAGAAAGCUGCAGUCGUAGAAGCACAGACAUGCAGCUCAGCACUGCACCUGCAGUGAGUCGCAGGAGGAGAGGAAACCCGGACAGCCAAGGGCUGUUAGGUGUGCUGAGUGUGUGUGCUACAUUACUGCAGUUAUGUGCUGGCUGUCCUUCAGAGUGUGUGUGCAACUCAUUGGAAGCAAACUGUAGUGGGCGGAGUCUAGUAAAUGUGCCCACUCUGACCUCUUUUCCGGAGAGUACACAUACCCUCCUCUUGACCAAUAACCGUCUCUCCUCCCUGCACAUAUCUGCCUUCGCCAACCUGAGCACCCUGGAGACACUCGACCUGUCCAACAACUAUCUAGACAACCUGCCUUCCAGGCUGUUCCUUGAGCUGGGUAACCUGAGUGAUUUGAGUCUGCGUAACAACAGCUUGACAGUUUUGGAUCGUGAGCUGUUUCGUGGCCUGACCCAGCUGAGGAAGCUGGAUCUGUCUCUGAACGGCCUUGCCGCAGUGCCGCUGGGCCUGCUGGACGAGCUGCAAGGGCUGACCUGGCUCUCCUUGGCUGGGAACAGACUUCACGCACUGGAGAGAGCCACAUUUGAACCUCUCGUCAACCUUCAGCAUCUUGAGCUUGGCAUGAACCCCUGGGAGUGCGACUGCAACCUGAGAGACUUCAAGCACUGGAUGGAGUGGCUGAUAUACCGAGGUGGUUAUGUCGAUGCGAUUGAGUGUACACUUCCGAAGGACUUGAGGGGGCGUGACAUUCGAGGCGUACCUGUGGAGAUGUUCAACUACUGUUUGCAAUUGGAGGAUGAGAAUGGGGGCAGGACUGGGGGCACGAAAGGUGGAUCUCCACCAUGCGCUCGAACAACGCCCUCUCCGUCAUCCGAAGGUGCAGCAGUGCGUACCGAGGCGGAGCUACCAGAUUGUGUGAAACAACGAUAUCGGCCGGUCAGUGUUCGCAGGGCGAUCGGUACAGUGGUGAUCGCUGGUGUGGUCUGUGGAAUCGUGUGUAUCAUGAUGGUUGCUGCUGCAGCGUACGGCUGUAUUUAUGCCUCUCUGAUGGCAAAAUACCAGCGAGAGCUGAAGAAAAGGCAGCCGUUGAUGGGUGACGCCGAGGCAGAAGGCGACCCAGAGGACAAACAGAUCUCAUCAGUUGCAUAGGGAAAUGGGGGGAAAGGGGGGGGGGGGUCAGAGUUCAGAGGUCAGCUGCAAAUAUAGUGAACCUUUAACUGGAUUAGCUGCACAUUGGAUGAUGGCUUAGCUACCUAGUGGAGAAUUCGUCAUCCCUGUUUCCUGUUUCUCUGUCCUUCCUGAGACCCUCUCUCACUCUUAGACUCACAUUUUAUUCUAGCUAAACUUUGACCUUUAUGCCACAGGACAAGAGGGACCACUCAGCACUUUAGAACUACCCCACCCUCCCGCAAGGUUGAGAGGAUCUCAGCAGAGGAAGUGUGGAUAAUUCUGUUCACCUUUCUGAACUUUGAUGUUUCUAGAGGAUCAUAUGCUGUCAUUAGCAUUAGCCUCUGUAGCAGCCUAACCAUCAACCCAACCACCAAUCUUAAACCUUAACCCUGAUCCCUAACCCCCAACCUUAAUCCUUUUACUUAAUCCCAAUCUUGAACCUAACCCUAAUCCAAACCUCCAACCCUAAUCCUUAUACCAAACCCUAAUCCCAGUCCUAAACUUUAUGCCUAACCCUAACCCCCUAAUCCCUAAUGUUGACUUUUACUCCUACCCCAAUCCUAUCCCUCAACCCUAACCUCAACCUUAAUUCUAACUCUUAAUGUCGACCCUAACCCCCAAUCCUUAUCCUUAUACUGAACCCUACCAAUCUCAAUCCUAACCCCCAACCCUAAUCGUAAUCCCUAACUCUAUCAGACAACCCUUACCUUCAAACCUAAUCCCAUGUGAACUGAACGUAACCCCCACAUAUCAUAUCUGAAAUAUUACCUCCUUAUUUAUCAGAUAUAAUAUAUUCUAUACAAUGUGAAGUGACUCCAGUUUUCAUGUUUUUAAGUUUGUCCUCUGUAUUGUGUGCUAAUAAUUUGUGUUUAUAACAUUGUUUGGUUCUUUGUUUACUAUUUGCUGUUUCUCCAUGUUCAUCUCUAGAGGUCAGAAGUGUUUUUUGUAAGACUAGAAGACUCCAGCCCUGGUGUCUAUCGUGAAGUGUCUUGAAGUAUCGUGAAGUGCUAAUGUAGAGCAGGCUGAGGAUGUUGAUGUUAGUGGAGGGUGGCUGAAUGGGCUAAUUAAACUGGCUAUUGAAAAUGUUAAUUACACCUUGGAAUAAGACUUGGUGGUAAAAAAGCACAGUGGCCCAAGAGGAUGGCUACCCUCUACACAAAAACAGAAAGACAAUGGCUGAGAAACAAAUAAACUGUACCUUUAGUAAGAUAGACUUUUCUGUGCAAUAUAAAUCAAUGUCUUUGUUGAUCUGUUGUUUAAUUCUGGACUAGGCUGUCAUAGUUGUUUUAGCCAGAUCUUUUCUCUUGGGCUGUCGAUGGAGCCGAUUGCCUGUGUGAUUUUCUGCUUGUGGACCAAUUAGCAUAAUCCGCUUUUAUUUGAGGGCAGAAUUUGUUUAGAGUAAACUAUUUAGAUGCAUUUCUCUUGGACUUGCAGAAACCCACAGAUAAUAUCAAAAUAAGCUUUUCUGCUGCAAUCAACAUCAGUGACUGAUCGAAAAAAGCUCUUUCAGAGUAGAGAGUGAGCCAAAACUGACUGCACACAAAAACAUUUCCCCCUCUGUAUUAUUGGAAAAAAAAAAAAAAAAAAAAAAAAUAGAAUCUGAUUAUAAUGUUACUAAUAAUAUCAAGAGUAUGGUCAUCAUUGGCUGUUUAGGCACUAUGCUGCCAUCUCUAGGAAGGAUGAGCAAAAGGCAGUAGGUUGAGGAGCAAACAUCACACCACCUCAUCGGGAUUUAAGAGAUGCUCUCCCACUGUAACUAUAGCAACAAACUCUCCCACACAUAAUUCAUUACCAAUGCAAAUUACUGGUAAGGUUACUGGCAAAAAGUUGCCAAUGAAAGUGUAACUAAUAUGUGUGCUAUGACCCACACCAGCAGUUAAGAGUCCAGGACUUUGUGUUCAGUGAUAUUUGCAGGCAGCCAUAAGCUGAAUAUAUAUAAAUACAGAUAUACAUUUAUUCAAAAGUAUGUUGAAUAUAUGUAUAUAUUUUGAUCUGUGUUUUACAAACUAUUUAUGAAAAUUUACUUAAUGGCAAAAACUUAGUAUACGUUUUGCCCAGUUGAUAUUAAGUGUUUCCUGUGCAAAUUCCUUUUGUAGUGGAACUCCUAAAAAAAGUUACUCCAGCCUUUGAAUUCAGAGAAAAUUACUAAAGAGAGGACUUCUGUCUAGUGGAUGCAUUGUCUCCCGACAUUACUGUUCAUUUAGCUCUUAUUUUAUACAGCAUGUGUCAUUGGCCCGUACUCUGCACGGGGGCGAAAAAACACAUACCCUGUAACCUCAAAAGCACUUUUGCCACUGGACAAUUACGUUGUCAAAUUGCACUUAUGCAAAUAUUCUCAAAAGUGAGCACAUGCUUGUUUAUUGAUGAUGUCAGCAAUGCGCUUUAUCUGAAUAUAAGCCGACAGAUCAGUUUUAUGUAAUGUCAGUGAAUAUGAAGGAAUAUGUUUAUAAAUGUGCAAUGACUUAGCUGGGGUGUGUUUACUCUCUACAUUGCCUGAACUCUGUCCCAAUCGUACACAUGAGAGCAGGGACACAUCACACACUACACAACACACCCUUGCUAAAUAAAAGCUUUCUAAAUCCUGUUGGAUGAGAGGAAAGGAUUUGUCCAUUUGACAGAACUGAAAGCAACUCUAUGAAAUUUAGGUUUAAUAUCUUAUAGCUUAUUGAUGUGACUCUUUCUUCACUGACCUUUUUUCUAAGACUGAUAUGAGAUCCUUCUUUAUAUUUUCGCUUGAUAAAAAGCAGUUUGAAAUAUGAUUUGUGAGAUGUGAUUUAAUUCUGUGUUAAAAAAUGAAUAAAGAAUGUAUUUCCGUAAAAAGUUGAGGUGUACGAAUCAGCACACACACACACACACACACACACACACACACAAACAGUU